CUUAAGGCAGGCAUGUUCAAAGUGUGACCUGUGGCCAAAGGCAGCUCGGCCCCGCGGAGUGAGUUUCAUGUGGAACUCCACACAUUAUUGAUUAAUUAAGUAAGUUCAAGUUGCGUUUUGUCACCUUUUAAAGUGCUGUGUCUUAGACGAUAUACAAGAAAGCCUUGCUAUGUUAUUAAUUAUUGUUAUUUCAAUGAACUGCUGAUUUUUUUUAAGGUCUAAUAUGUCACUGAAAAUUAAAAACUGUACUGUAUGUGUGAUUUUGUUUUAUUUUUGUGACAUUUGUACAUGAUCUACCUGCCCUGAUGGAUGUCGAGGGUGUUUCUCUUUCAUCAGCUGUAUGACUGUGCCUCAUACACCCGGACUUCAAAAAACCUGAACUAUCACUUUAAGUUUAAUUUACAUUUGAGUAGGUCAAGCCUUUCUUCAGUUUACACAGUUUCCAGUUUCUUUCGUCUCACACUGUGUGUUUUCUUUAAUCACUGAGUAUCAACGCUUCUGUUCUGAGAAGAGUUAUGUCGCACACACACCUGCUCACUGCUUUCUACUCCACCUAACUCUGUCCACACUCUGAUUUCAAUCUCUCUUGUUGUUACACUGACUCUUUCUUGGCUCUCUCUGCAGCAGCAGUGACCCAGUAUGACGGAGAACCUGGGGCUCCACGUUAGGUCCUCUGGUCCCUCCAGACUAUUCAUGCACCAAGAGCCAACUCUGCUGCCCCCGUGUUUCCACCUCCUUCCAGACCACCCUGCCCUCUCUGCUCUAGGCGAUCAUGUCCCUCAAUGGUUCACUUCCUAACAACGAUAAUCCCGCACACAUGGACGUCCCGGUGGCCCCGUCGUACAGGAUGAUAAACACAACACAGACCAACAAUCACAGAAAAGGCAAAGAAGUCCAAGCUGAAGCCCGCUCAGGUCAUUCGACCCCCGUCAAGUCUCUGAGAACUCAUAAUGAGCUUCACAAGGAACUGCUACUGACCCACAAGAAGGGUCUGGCACUGAGCAGCAGAUCAGAACUUCAGCAGGUGCUGGAGAGGAGGAAGAGGGUGCAGAGUGACCAGGUGGACGAGGGACAGAGCAGGACUCCUCUGGAGGACGUGCUGCUGAGACGUCAGCAGAAACAACUGGAGAAGGAGAAGAAACACGGAGAAAAAGAACAAGAGGAAGCCCAACUGAUGGAGUUUGUCAGAGUGAGACAGAACCUCAGAAAGAUCCACUCUGUGAUGCAGAACAAGGCUGGGAACCUCUAGAAUGCCACAGAGGACCUUAAAUGCAUCAUGAACUCUGGUUGAAUUUAACAUCCUCUGGUUGUACCCUGCAAAAGUAACAAUGUAUGAUUAAUGAUUUGUAAAACAUGAAGAUACACAAUCUGAUGGAAACAGUUUGCUUUUAUAUCUGUUCAAAGAAGCUGCAGCUCUGGACGUCACAAGAUUCACUUUGUUUACACCGCCAUGUUGGCAGGAAAAGGUUUAGCAGACAUGAAUGGUGCUAGUGACCGUUUCAAGAUGUCAGAGUUCACUGUGCUCUUCACGGCUCUGGAGGGGAUUUUCAUGGAAACAGCCGGACCAGAGAAUAUUCUGGACAUGAUGUACAUUUUAAACUUUCUGCUAAACUUUUCCUUAACAUACUUAACAUACUGGAUAGUGUGACAUCAGCUACCGGUGCUCAACAGCAGGUUGUGGAAACCAGCAUGG